AUGUCGUACGAGGACCGCGCCAAUGCGCGCCCCAACCUGAACGAUGAGUCCGAUGUUGAGGAGGAGGCUCUGGUCAACGACUACCGCGAGCAGGUCAACUACGAGGAUGGCAUGAGUGAGCUGGAUCGCACAACAUCCCUCGGUGGCUCUCAGGCCCAGGACCUUCAGGCACAGCUUACCGCCGCUGCUACCCCGCUGGAAUACCAAGCGACCCUCGAGACUAAGUUCGCCAGCUACGACAACUACUGCAGUCUCUUCCACUACAUCCUGAACUCCGAAGGCCCCGUGGAUCUGGAGGCCCCCUCGUACUACUGGGCCUGGGAUGUUAUUGACGAAUUCAUCUACCAAUUCGAGUCGUUUUGCCGCUACCGCAACCGCAUUGCUCGCACUGGAUCCAACGAGGAGGAGGCUCAGCUCCUUCGUGAGAACCCCAACACCUGGGGUUGCUACUCCGUGCUCAACGUCCUCUACUCCCUUAUUCAGCGAUCUCAGAUUACCGAGCAGCUGGGAGCUAUGAAGCGGGGUGAGGACCCCAUUGCCUUCGCUGGUGAGUACGGCAACCGCCCGCUGUACAAGAUGCUGGGUUAUUUCUCCAUCAUCGGUCUGCUGCGCGUGCACUGCCUGCUCGGUGACUUCAGCUUGGCCCUCAAGACCCUUGACGACAUUGAGCUGAACAAGAAGGCCAUGUUCGCCCGGGUUAUGGCCGCCCACUUCACCACCUACUACUACGUGGGUUUCUCCUACAUGAUGAUGCGCCGCUACGGCGAUGCCAUCCGCAUGUUCAGCCACAUUCUGGUCUACGUCUCCCGGACGAAGAACUUCCAGAAGGGCGGUAACGGCUACGACGCCAUUGCCAAGAAGAACGAUCAGAUGUACGCCCUGAUCGCCAUCUGUGUCGCUCUCCACCCCACCCGCCUGGACGACACCAUCCACUCCGCCGUCCGCGAGAAGUACGGCGAGCAGUUCUACCGCAUGCAGCGUGGCGGUCCCGAGGCCCUUCCCCCCCACUCCCCCGACUUCGACAACCCUGCCGUCAACGUCGACCCCGUCGACCACCACACCGCUAUCUUUAUGGAUGAGGUCAAGAACACCCUGUUCAACCCCACUAUUCGCUCAUACCUGAAGCUCUACACCACCAUGGAUCUCAAGAAGCUGGCUGGUUUCCUCGAGGUUGAGCCCGAGCAGCUCCGCUCCUGGUUGCUCGUCAACAAGCAGCGUUCCCGCCAGAUCCGCUGGGUCGAGGGUGGCCUGCUUGAGGGUGACUCCGCCAUCGCCAACGACCUCGACUACGCUCUCGAAGACGACCUGAUCCACGUCAGCGAGACCAAGGCUGGCCGCCGCCUGGUGGACUGGUACCUGCGCAACCUUGCUCGUGUCUACUAA